GCCCGUGCAGCACCGCGCCAUCCCCAUCACCGCGGCUGCGGGCGUGCCGGCCGCGAGAGACGCCGAAAUGGCAGCAGCGGCGCCAUCCAUGGAGGCCACCAUGUUGCACGGCACAAGGGGGCGCCAUGUUGUACGGAGCCGGGGGCAGCUCCCGUACGGCGCCAAUGUGUCGUCACGGGCGCGGGGCGGGCGGUUGGAUUUGAACGGGGCGGCGGCGACCGGGGAGCGGGAACCGGGACCAAGGACCCGGAAACCGGGACUCGGGAGCGGGGGGCCCCGAGCGGGAGGAAAAGCACAUCCUUCAGCAAUGGACAAGAUUUAUAUAGACCCUAACAUGGAAAAUGAUAACACGGAGCACAUCACAAGGAAGCGACUGUCCUCUAUUUUGAAGGCUCCACGAAAUCCUCUGGAUGAUCUGGGAAAUGGGAAUGAAAUGACCCAGGACAUCCACGCGGAGAGGCGCAGGAGGAGCUCGCGCAGGGUCAGCUUCGCCAACACCAUCAACUGCAGAGUCUUCCAGCGAGAUCUUAAGAACAGCGCAUCAGAGACAGAAAAUACAGGUUGUUCAGCAGAUGAGAAGGAUGAUGCCUUGACUAAUCAGAAUGAAGACCCUGGGGCUGUUCCAUGUGAGAUCACUGGGAUGAACACUUUGCUUCAUGCCCCCAUCCAGGCCUUGGGGCAACAGACUGAGUGGCCUGAUGUGGACCAGGCCGCUCUGAGGACAGACAGGCAGGACGCCACGCUCCUCUUCUCGGAGGAGAACGAGAUGGAGAUGACAGCCAGCCACACAGCCGUGAUCUCACGGAACCUCACAGCCCACCAGCCUGACACCACCCAGAAAAUAGACUUCACCUCCUUCCUGGCCAAGCUGAACUCCAGCCAGGGGAGGGCAGAAAGCAGCAAGGAGUUGGGUUUGCUGUCUGACCCCACAAACCGUCUGGGCCCGUCUUUGGAACAGAAGGAAGAAGCCACUACUGCGAAAAAAAUAGAUUUCAAUGAAUUUCUGCUGAGGCUGAAGUCAAGCAAUCCUGCUGAGAGACCUGACAAGGAAAAUGUUUGCUGUGUCCCUUCCCAAGGCCUGGGAGACGUGACAAGACUCUCCGGGGAAUUUGGCUAUUCCCAGGAGCUGCAGGACACGUGCAACGUGACCAAAGUGUUCCGAGGCCGAGAAGGUGGGAUGGAGAUGACCAAAUGCGAGGCAGCUGAUGUUAAAAUUCCAUUCCCUGGCCCCAGUGAGCUUCCUCCAGAGCAGUGGGAGUGUGCAGACCUCACCGAGGCGUUUGCAGACGAGGGUAUGGACGUGACAACCAGUCACACAGCAAAAGUGUCCUUUGCCCUCUCUGCUGUCAGGAACCAAAGUCUCAACUUCCAAAAGGAUUUCCCACCCACAGAGCUGGAUAAUUCUGUGUUCAGGAGGGCAUCUGACCACAACUUAAGUGUUCAGCAGGACCCUCAGCUUUGUGCAGACAGGAGAACAGCAAAUGCUGAAGGCAGAAGAGACCCCCCAGUGCUGCGGGCUGGGAAACAGGAGGCCAGGGCAUUGUCUGCCAUCCAGGGAUCCGUUUCGUCUGAGACCAUCUUCCGAGGGGACAAAACUGUUGUGUUUUCCAAGUGUGACGACAUGGAAAUGACUGGGAAUUACACAGACAUCAUCUACCAGGCCAGCACCACAGAACAGAACAGUUCAUGCCAUAAAAUCUGUGAAAAGCCAGUGAGUACCAACGCUCCUCUCGCAGGGAGCAGAUCCCUGGCGUGUGGUGACAUCUCAAAGAGUGUGGCACCUGGAGAUUAUCCUGCUGCUGGGCCCUGUAAAAUCAGUGCAGUGGCACUGCCUUCAGCUUUAGGUGGACACGUGGAAAACCUGUCCCAAGCCCACGGUCCUGCUGCAGCCAGCACUGGGUUUGGCUCAUACAUGCAUUUGGCAGCUGGCAGCGUCGUGAAGAGCAGGUUUGAUCCUUCUGCAAACCCCCAGCUUGUUUUUUCAGGUGAGAAGACAGUGAUAUUCACAGGAGAAGACAUGGACUUGGCUAAAACCUUUGUUAAGGAUGGUGGAGAGAGUGUUGGUCAUGAACAUCCCACUGCAGCGUUCACCUCUGUCACCUGCAAACCUCAUUUCCUGGGUGACAGAUCCAUGUCCUCCAACGUAACUGAGCAGGAAGAAAUGGAAAUAACAAGAUGCCACACUGUUUUCUUUGAUGGUCGAGGCAGUGGGAUAGCAGCAGAACCAAAACAAAUGCCCUGUAAAAUCAUUGCAAGAAAGAACCAGAACAAAAGUGUCACUAAGGGUGACGUAUCUGCAUAUUCUGUAGAUAUGGACAAGGAAAAUGUUGAAGUGAUUAGUAUUGAUGGGAAUAUUAAAAAGAGCCAGGCUAUGGAAAGGAAUGCUCAAGAUAUUUGGAUGGUAAUGGGUGAUAAGAAGCUUGGAAAAACCAACUUCCAGGCAAGUGGUCUGAGUUCCUGUGCCAAGAGCCUGUGUUUGUUACAAGAGCAAAACAGAGGUGAUCCUGAGAAUGUUGUCACUAACACCAAUGCAUCCUUGUCUUUGCAAAGCCAAGAAGUUGUACCAAAGCCUCUGGGAAAAAACCUUCCAAGCAACUCAGAUUUCUGCACAAGUGACACAACAGGUGUGUUUUUAGGUGAUCAAAGCAUGGACAUAACCAAAGCUCAUCCUGCUGCCUUGGAGAUUGCUCCUGUUAACACUGAGCAAGACUCCAAUGAUUAUAACCAAAACAGGUUAUCCAGGCAGCUGCAAAACCAGCCCUUCCCAUUUUCCAGUUGUCUUGGUGUGGAUAUCGUGAGUCAAACUGCAGCAAUGGGGUGUGGGGACUUGAAAAUGAGCACCAGUAAGCAAAUUGUUACUGCUUUGGCUCCAAGUGGUUCAUUUGCUUUCAGUAACAAUCCUGCUCCCUCUGGCCAGAGAGGAAAUGGACAGUUUGAGACAGUAAUAGGAAUAAAUGCAGAUGGCCAAAACUCAGAGAGGCAAGAGGAACCCCAGCCUGUGAAGGCAGUAAGCAAAAUAUUGCCAACCCAAGGAGACUCUGACAGACAUUUUUCCAUGGGUAAAAUAGGUUCUUUGAGAGAGGAUUUGAAAACUCCUCCCUCAGCUCAUGGGCUCCUCCAGAGGGGUGAGGAAGAGCCAGGGUGGGCCAGGACAUCUGAGGCACCCAAGGGAAGCUCCCAGUUGUCUUUAUUUGGAGAAAAGUCUGUUGUGUUUCCCCACGGAGAAAACAUGGACAUGACUGGCAGGUGCGUGGUGAUGGCUCCAGACUACAGCAUCAGCGUUGUUUUGUCAGAAAACAAAGCAGCCCCUGGAUGCUUUGGUCAAAGUGGGAAUGAAACCAUGUCCUUGGGAAAAGGAGCCACGAUGACAGCUCUGGUGGAGCUGGGAGGGAGGGAGGCUGCAGGUGGCAGAACCAUCAGUUUUGGUCCGGGUGAGGAUAUGGAGAUCACCACAACUCACACGGCAUGGCACAGACAGCCCACCCCAGCCAUUCCAGCUGACAAAACCAUCGUGUUUGCCCACGGCCAGGAGGACAUGGACAUCACUGCAUCCCACACUGUUGCUGUCAGUAAGAACAUCUGUGGGUCUGAGGCCCUGCAGGUGCCCCACACAAACGCCCAGCAGCCACCACAGCAUGUGCACGUUGGGUCGGUGCCCUGCAGUGCUGAAAUGGAUUCCUCACAACGAGCCACAAAACCUAAGGAUAAGCCCAGCAUUCCCUCUUCUGCCUCGUCAGACCCAGCAUUUCCUAGAGAGAAAGGAGCUACCCAGGGCCCCAGUGGCACAACACCAAAUUCCAUUUGUUCUGUCUCCCUUCCAGAAAGGACUGUGGAUGUGGGGACACCACAGGAUCAUGGCCUUCCCACAGACAAUUCUGUCCCUGUGGGCAGGGAGCAGGGUCUCACACCACCAGAAAACCUGCAAGCAAAGGGAGUAUCUUUUGAGUUCCCAAGUAAGGACACUGUGGAUCACAGGAAAGAAAGUGGCAGUUUGGGAUCCUCUGUUUCUGAUCCAAAGAAGGGGUCAGAUCCUUGGAAGGGUCAUCCAGAUGCCCCUAGUACCCAGAGAAACCAGCUAGGGGAAGAGGAUUCAUCUCGGUGUGGGGAUUCAGAUUUGGGCUUGGCUGGAGCAAACCUCAUUCCAGCUGCCAACAAGGAACCCAAGAAAAAUGAGGAGCUGCCAGCUGAAGGGGAGGCACCUCCAAAAGACUUUCAAAUAAACUCUGAACAAACUAGGCAGCCUUUGGUCAGUGACAGUGCAGGGGAUCAGGCACAUCCCACUCUUCAACCAGCAGCUCCAGGUGUUUUAGGUGUUUGUUCAAAACUGAUAGGUUUGACAAGGAAAUCUAUUUCCCUUUCCAAAACUGCUUCUUCUGACCAGUUGCCCAGUUCUUCAGCUCAGCCAGAGGAUACCCUGAGGUUGGGAAAAAACACUGUCAGUGAAGCAAAUAACUCCUUUGAUGUCAAAAAGCAGGAGAACACAGGUCUGGAAUCUGGAGCUGAUCCCAUAGGAAUGGCACCUAAGGAUAAAUAUCUAGGAAUAAAUAUCCCUCUGGGUAUAUUCCAGCCUAAAUUACCUAACAAGAGAAUUCAUGUUCCCAGUGCACCAGAAAUAAGUACAAAAUCAGACAGAGCAGAAGCCCCAGUUCCAGCAAACACCAGCGAAACCCCAGGUAAGAAGUCCAGCAGGCAGAACUUCAGUCCUUUUCAGUUCAUAGCAGAAGAAUUUCUCCCUGUGUGCCUGGAGGAAAUGGAUUCCAAUGAAUCUGUCAGCUCUGAACUCGUGGAAAACGCUUGGAGUGAUAAAAAACAAAUACCCCACUCCAAAAAGAGUCCAUUUGAAGAGACAAAAACUUGCAACAUGAAAAGAGCUUUAGGACAAACUGAGGAGGCUCUUCAAAGCCCAAAGAAGGCCAAGAGGGAUCAACAUGUGGAUGCUGAGGCCUCUCAAGGCUUGGAGGAGCAAGCAGACGCUGGAGAACCUCCAAAUCUCUCAGCUAAGAGCCCUGAGUGUCCUCAUGCCAGCACCAGCAGCUCCCUGGAUUCUGUCAAGGCUGACAUAGAGUCAACAAUCCAGCGCAGCAGUCAGGUGGAGUCCCAGCUUCUCACGGACAGCAUUUGUGAAGAAAAUUUAUGGGAGAAAUUCCAGAAUGGUGCUAUCACCGUUGGGGAGUUUUUUACCCUGCUUCAAGUCCAUGUUGUGAUUCAGAAGCCCCGGCACAGCCAGCUUCCAGCCAGUUGUGCAGUCAGUGCCCCUCCCUCUGCAGAAGAUCUCAUCUACAGCCAGUACGUUCACCGACCCAAGCUGAGGAUUUACGAGGAGGAUUGCCAGGAUCUGUCUCAGAAAAUAGCAGAGUUAAAACCACAUGUGACUGUCCUGGAUCAGCCCCUGGUGAACGUGAUCAGGAGUUUGUGGGAAGUAAUGAGAACCUGCACUGAUGAAGAGCUGAGUAAGUUUGGAGCAGAACUGAACAAGAUGAAAUCCUGUUUCACCAAGGAGGCCAAAAUCUUGUCUCACAAUGAGAAGGAGACAUUGUACAGGAAGCUGCUGCAGAGUGCUGAGGAGCAAUACAGAAAGCUCCAAUCAAGAAUAGAAAAGGUGGAUGACUGGAUGAAGGAGGCAGAGAGCUCCGUGGCUGCUCUGGAAUCAGAUUCUUUUUGGGAGGAAGAGGAAGCUGGCUGUGCUGCUGGAACAGCAGGAGGGCAGAACGUACAGGAAGAAUUGCGAAGCAUCACAGCCCAAGAAGAGGAGCUUAUGAGAGAACUGUCAGAGAUGGAUGCUGAGGAUGAGCUUGAUUUGGCUGAGAUGGAGAAGCUCAGCAAGACUGAAAGGGCCUGCCUGGAAAUCCUGCAGAAAUACGACUUCACUGAGUGGGAGUUGAUGGAAUGGAGUGAGCAGCAAGCUGUCUUUAAUUUUCUUUAUGACUCUGUGACGCUCACAGUUGUGUUUGGGCCCCCAAUAGAUGGUGAGUUUUUCGCUGCACGUCCUUCCAGAAGCAUCGCUAGCCUGGACUUUGAAUCUUUCCUGGAUGAGGAACAAGCUCCACCCUCCUCAUGUUUAGUCCAAAGACUCAUCUUCCAGUUCAUUGAAAGUCGGGGGAACUGGCAGGACAAGUGUCCCACACUGCACUACUUGCCCCAGGCUCUCUUUGACAUCUCCUUGGUGGUGAAUCGCUGCAAAACCUUGGGAGAGGAGUUGGAAUUUCUGCAGAGGUGGGGUGCAAAAUUCCAUCUCCUGGAGACAGAUAUCAAAGGCACAGAGGUGAAGCUUCUGUUCUCCUCUUCGGUGGCUUUUGCAAAGUUUGAGCUGACUCUGGCUGUCUCUCCUGAUUACCCAUCUGCUGUGCUUCCCUUCAGGGUCCAAACCCACCUCGGGAAUAUCGGGGAGAAGGAAGUUGCUGCUGUUCUCUCCAGAGUUCCAGCUGGUCACCACUAUCUGCAGAGAGCAGUCGCCUCCAUCCAUGGGGAUCUGCUCCAGGAUCCCAGAUGAUCUGCUGGACCCACAGGCAGCACUGGGACAGUCAGAAUGGGCAGUCUGUGAGUUCAGUCUUAGGAGAAUUCCAGCUGAGUCUCCCUGAAAUGGGAAUGCUGUUGCCCACUCAGCUCUAGUAUUCCUGCCUGUUUAGUAUCCUUAUGGCUUAGACCAAGUGGAAUGCUUGGUGUAGGCCACAAGCUUUACAAAAGCAGGAGUGUCUAAAGAGGAGAAAAAAUAAAUUCCUAGAUCCCUUGUAAAUUCGAGUUGCCUUUUAUCUUCUGUCAGGCACUGGUUGUCAUUCCUGGCACACAUAGUCAUGACUGAAUAGUCAUUCCAAGCGUGGAUAUUCUUUUGCCAUAGCCUAUUAAUUUUCUUGUUUACAGAGCUCUUGGACAAAGCAAUGAUGAAUGUUCUCUAAAUUAUUACAACUGGAGGUUACUUUUGCUGUUAUUGUUUCACUACCAUGCAAAAUUUAACAGAUCCCACCACCUCCAGUGUUUAUCCAUUGCAUGGCACUCCUCCCAGGCCAGACACUAUAUCCGUGCAUCUGGUUAAUUAACCAAUUAACCUGUAGCAAUUAGUCACCAAAGUCAGAACUAUUUUUGGAAUGAAGGCUAAAAAUCCCUGUGUUUGCUCACAGACUUUGGGGUGCAACAGCCUCAAAGCCAUCACUGUGAUUCUCUGGCUGAAGUUAAUUCUGAUAUUGUUUCUGGGUGCUAGGGCACUAUUGCAGUUUGGAAUGGCAUGGAAUUUUAGUGGGGAGACUGAACUCCUUAAACCUGGGAGUAUUUGUAGCUCUAGCUUGGUUUUGUGUAUAAUUUUGUGCAUUAUGUGGAUCUUGCUGUUGGAACUGAUCUCACCCUGUGUUGCUGAACCAAAUCACCAACCCUGGCUCAGCUCUCAGUUCUGCAGCUGCAAAUCCUUGUACCCUGUAAAAUAUGUUGAAUUUAAAAAUGUUUUCCUGUAUUUUAGUGUUUAUAUAUUUUGUCUUUUUACAAAGUUUGCUUCUAUUUGAAAAGUGGAAGUUUAAUAAAGAUCGGAUUUAUCAUUCUUCCUGCUUCAAAUGGGCAUUAUGGGCUGCUCUGUUUAAACUGGUGAUUGAAAAUUCAAUACUAAAUUAAAUUCAAAAUAUUGAAAUAUUAUUAAAGUUAAAUACUUGGGAGGACUUGUCAUAAUAUGAUAUUUUUUCCUUGCCUUUUCUAGUGCUAGUUUUCUGUAUCCUGGCUUUUCAGAAGAAUUUAUUAUAUUUUAAUUAGGAAGAUAGUAGUCAAAUGAUUCUCAGCUUGGGUACUAUACCUGGAAUUUUGAAUGUCCCCAGGCCAUUCUCCUGUGCAUCAC